UGUGAAUUAGCAAUAAGUUCCAUCGUUCUCUGAAAAACUGUGCCACCCUAGCAUAGCAGCGCAGGCCACCACACCGCACCGUAAAAUGGAUUCUCCGCCGUUACUUCCUUCAUUCCAAUUUUUUACGGAUUGCUGAUUCAUUCCAAAAAUACCCUUCACUCGCUGAGUUCACUCGCCCACUCGCUGAGUAACUCGCUGAGAGUUAAAAAAGAUCAAAUGAAUGGACCAACAACGCGAACCUAACUCUAAUUCGCAGAAGAAGCGCCGUCUCGACCUUGACUGGAAAGCUCUUCUCCCCCGCCACGGCGACGCACCGCCGCCGGAGAUCGUGGUCAAGCCUAUGGCCUCCGGCAAUUCCUUCUCCCUCGACGAUGAAUUUAGAUACUACACCGACCACCAGCUUAUCGAAAGCAUUCAGAGCAAGAAGCAAACCUUGAGAAUCCAUCUCCCGAUGUUGAAGGAUGGAGGUGUCAAGAUUCUCGAUACCAUCAAGCGACAAGAGGAAGAGCUGGCUCGCCGGAAAACAACGCCACACGUCCAGGAAGUUGUUGAUGCUGAUGAUAAACCGAGAAAUGCUACUGGCUCAAGUGAUGUUGGUGUGUCUAGUGACUCGAGACAGAAGAGUAUCUCAUCUCAAGUGCCAGUUCAACCCUCAUUUGCAUCUUGUUUUUCUAAGAAAUUGGAAGGAGUUGAUACUGAUUGUAUGGUGGUUGAUACAUCUGGAAAAGAGACUUCACAUUUCAGACAUUGCAAUAACGAGACAAUAAAAGACAAGGGAGAACCUAAAGGAGGAAGGAGGCUUAGAUCAUCUUCUAGAAAUGAGCCAUUUCAAUGCGCUACCAACCUUUCCAAGAAUGAUGCUUUUAAUGAUGGUAAAAAAUCCAGAGCAGCUUCCAGUAUCUCUGCUGCGAACAUUGGGAAAAGCCUGUCAAGAUUCUUUGCUCCAGAAGUGAAGGAAACUAGACAGGCAAUUCAAUCAGAUGACUCGAGGUCCAAGAAGGGUCAGCCCAUUGUCCUUGAUGAUGAUGAUGAUGAUGAUGAACCUUAUGUGCUAGAGAAGACAGAGCAAGAAAAAAAACUUGCUGAAUGUGCGAAAGAUGCUAAGAUGUAUUACCCAUCAAGUGACGAUCCCGAGUCUGUUGAAAUUUGUUACUCAGACAUAGAUUGCCUUGCUCCUGAAAGCUAUUUGACUUCAACUAUUAUGAAUUUUUACAUACGAUAUUUGAAGCAACAAGCAUCUUUGGCAAAUAGAUCGUUAUCCGAGUAUCAUUUUUUUAAUACAUAUUUCUACAAGAAGCUUCAGGAGGCUGUUUCGGUUAAGCAAAGUGACAGAGCAGCAUUCUUUGUCAAAUUCAGAAGGUGGUGGAAGGGUGUAAAUAUAUUUCAGAAGACCUAUGUUUUGAUUCCAGUACACGAGGAUCUUCAUUGGAGCUUGAUCAUUAUUUGUAUCCCGGAUAAAGGUGAUGAAUCAGGGCCAAUCAUACUUCAUCUGGAUUCUUUGAGUCUUCACUCUAGCAGAUCACUAUUUGAUAACAUCAAAAGCUUUCUGAUAGAAGAAAAGAACUAUUUGGAUCAGGAACAUAUGUCAUCAGAUGUUUCAAUUGCAGACAGGAUAUGGAAUUGCCUUCCCCGUCGAAUUGAAACGCAAGUUAUCACGGUUCCCCAACAAAGGAAUGAUUAUGAUUGUGGCCUUUUUGUAUUGUACUUUAUUGAACGUUUCAUUGAAGAGGCACCAGAAAGACUCAAAAAGAAAAAUUUGGCUAUGUUUGGCAAGCAGUGGUUCAAACCUUCAGAAGCAUCCAGUUUGAGAGUGAAAAUCCGUAAACUGCUCGUGGAAGAACUUACAAAUUCAAUUGACCGUAACUAUUCUCCAAAGUGUUCUCCUUCAUCAUUUUCGGGCACAAGUCCAACUGAAUGUGCUGAGACAGCCAAGGACCCUGAUCUAACCACCGCAUGAAUUACAAUUUGCAUUUUAAUUGGAUGAAGAAUCUUUCGACAGUUCACAUAAUCGAUGCUAUUGUUUCUUCACCUGUACAGACAUCAACUAUCUGGUGCUUUUUUUUAUCACCGAGUUUCCCACGGUACAUGGAAAAAGGUGGCCGGCAGUUUACUAUGCGUAAAAACACAUAUCCAGUUUCUAACCAUUUCUUGUGGAUAAGAGUUCCUUCCACUUUCCAAAUGUAUAGUAGGACAGGUCAGUACAGAGAUGAUAGUCUGCUAGGUAGGCUCCAAGGUGAAUCUACCAAUUAUUUUGUACUUGAAUCGCUGAGAGUUGGAUUAAUAUUAUAGGAUUCCAAUUGAAGUUUGAUGCGGUAA